AUGACAUCCAAGAUGGUCACAGUGCUUGAUAACGAAGAAACCACUGAUCUCAAACCAGAUCCACAGGCGGUCAAGGCGGCUGCUACCAGAGAACAGAUUUCACCUACAUCUCAGCACGAAAAAAGUUUCCGAACCCGCUCCAAGUCUUUGUCGUCUUCUUCGGUUCGGCCACGUCAGACUCUGACUGUGAAUAGUGCUGCACAAGAAUUUAUUCCCUCUUUGCCCAAUGAUGAUACAACAGAAGCAGUGAAAGUGCGUAGCUGGGAAAUGAUUUUAGAACACUCUAUUAAAGCUAUUGUUGCGAUCAAGGCUAAUGAUGUAAGAAGUUUCGAUACUGAAGUGUCGGGCGAAUACACUGCUACUGGUUUCGUGGUCGACGCAGAACGUGGCCUCAUUCUCUCCAACAGACAUGUUGUAUCACCUGGUCCAGUAGUAGCCCAAGCGGUCUUUACCAACUACGAAGAAGUCGAAUUACAGCCCAUUUAUCGUGACCCUGUUCAUGAUUUUGGGUUUUUCAGAUUCAACCCCAAAAAGGUCAAAUUUAUACAGCUCGUACAAAUCCCGCUAAGUCCAGAGAGAGCUAAAGUUGGUGUCGAAAUAAGAGUCGUUGGAAAUGAUGCGGGAGAGAAAUUGUCAAUUCUGGCAGGAACUUUGGCUAGAUUGGAUCGCAGAGCGCCUGAAUAUGGCAUUGGCGAAUACAACGACUUUAACACAUUCUAUUUGCAAGCGGCUUCCGGAACCAGUGGCGGUUCAUCCGGUAGCCCAGUUCUCGACAUUGAUGGCCAUGCCAUUGCCCUAAACGCUGGUGGAGCAAGCAGAGCUCAAUCGAGCUAUUAUCUUCCUCUCGAUCGCAUAGUGCGUGCACUCCACUGCCUACAAAAGGGUGAAGGAGUUCCCCGCGGCACACUACAAACCGAAUUCGAACAUUCUCCGUAUGACGAAUUACGCCGAUUGGGUCUCAAGACCGGUAUAGAACAGCAAGUGCGAGAAAAGUUUCCCGAGGAAACGGGAUUGCUUGUCGUGCGAAAAGUAUUACCAAAAGGACCGGCAGAUGGUCUACUUAUACCGGGGGACAUUUUAAUUAAAGUGAAUGGCAACAUGGUCACCAACUUUAACAGUUUGUUUUCGAUUAUCGAUGAUUCCGUUGGCGAAGAGAUAGUCCUUACUAUAGGUCGAGGGAAGGUUUUAGAGAGUGUUACCGUGCGGAUACAAGAUUUGCAUUCGAUUACGCCAAAUCGAUUUGUCGAGAUUGGAGGUGGAGUAGUGAACGAGUUGUCGUAUCAGUUAGCUCAUUCGUAUCAGCAGCCCGUUGGUGGGCCGUAUGUUGCUACCCCGGGUCAUAUGUUGGCCAGUGCAUCGGCUUGGAGGAAGAGUGUGAUUGUCAGCGUGAAUAAUAUCCCGACACCUAACUUGGAUGCCUUUAUCGAAGCUAUGAAGACGCUACCUGAUGGUGCGAGAGUUCCGAUAAGGUUUUAUUCAUUGUUAAAAUUUUACAAGGAGCGAGUCAUGAUUAUGCAUGUGGAUAGACAUUGGCACAAGUUCCAAGUAGCCAUGCGGGAUGACAACUCUGGAAAAUGGAUUUUCGAAGAAAUGCUUCCGCCCCCGGCUAUCCAUUCUUAUAUACCGGCCACUGCAUCGUAUCAGGUGUUGGAUUCAUCUAUUUACCCAGCUGGCAAGUUAUGGCCUUCGUUCGUGGCCCUAGAUUUUCAUUUACCAUACCUCGUCAGUGGUAUGAAGAGCACUCAGUUCCGCGGUUCGGGCGUUGUAUUAUCGACAGACCCACCAUUAAUCGCAUGCGACCGCGAUACUAUUCCAAUAAGCGUGGGCGAUAUAUUCAUCACAUUCGCAAACAGCAUAAUCAUCCCCGGGCGAUUACUUUAUCUUCAUCCAUUCUACAAUUAUGCUAUCCUCACUUAUGAUGCGUCAUUACUGGGCGAAACCCCGGUAGUUGCGGCUGAAUUGAACGAUAGAGAAUUAAAUCAGGGAGAUGAAGUUUAUCUUGUUGGUAUAGGAAAUGAUCAGUCGCCCGUUAUGAAGAAGACGAUUGUUACAAGCAUUAGAAAUGUCGGAACGAAAGAAUGCAGCCCUCCCAGAUGGAGGGCCAUGAAUGUUGAGGGAAUAGGUAUCGAUGACCCUGUUGGAUCCCAAGUUAUUGGCGGAGUACUCUGUACGCAAAAGGGCCAAAUACAAGCUCUUUGGCUCGGCUACUCAUCCCAAAAUGACAAAGGCAAAGACAUAUCGUUUAUGUUUGGUCUCUCGAUCUCCCUCGUGCGCAAUGUGCUCGAACCUCUAAGGAAGGGUAUAAUACCCAAACUACACAAUUUGAAUGUAGAAUUCUGGACGAUGCGCAUUGCUCCCGCGCGCACUUUAGGUUUAACGGAUAAGUGGGUUAGGAAAAUUGAAGAAGUGCCUAAUUCUAAGCAUACGUUGCUGUAUGUGUUGAACAUUCUGGACACUGCAAGUCCGGCCGGGAAGCUGUUAAAGGUUGGGGAUAUAGUGUUGAAGAUGAAUGGGAAGGUUGUUACGAGAAUGGCGGAUUUACCCAUUGUGAUACAUAGUUCGGAAACGGUCGACAUGCUUAUCCUCCGCGAUGGCAAAGAAAUGAACAUACAAGUUGCAACGACACUGUAUACUGGGGAAGAGACAACUCGAGUGAUUGGCUGGGCUGGAGCGUUAAUAGAAGAGCCAUACCAUGCCGUCCUUGAGCAGGUUCGUUAUGUUCCCAGUAGAGUUUAUAUUUCAUGUACACUCUACGGGUCACCGGCGGCAGUCUCUCUCAAACCUGGAGUAUGGAUCGUGGAAAUUGCCGGUCGGAAGGUGACCGAUCUCGGAUCAUUCCUCGACGCGAUCCACGCCCAUGAGAAAGAGGUGGCGGAGAAUGAGGAUGAUGAUGGAUAUGUAAGAAUUAAGACUGUUAGUCGUAUGGAAGUGACAAAAGUAGUGGCGAUGAAGUUGGAUCCCCAUUACUGGGGAACUUGGCAACUGGUUAAGGAUGAAAAUGCUACGACAGGAUGGAAAUGUAUACCCGCGUAG